AUGAUAUACUAGACUGCGAAUCUCACCUACUGUCAACUUCAGAAGAAUCAUCAACAAUUAUCUCAAUAUUCUUUCUACAAUCGGGAAAUAGACACACACCAGUAGAAAUGUGUAAAAGUUUUCUCUCAAUACAAAGUUUAUGA